ACACACACGCACACCCCACAAUCCAUUGGACUAUUAUCAUCAUUAUGAUCUUGAUAAAAUUUUCAUUUACUUUUUCCUUCUUCUUCUUCUUCUUCUUUCUUGUUCUUCUUUCUUGGUUUUUUAUGCUGGGUAAGAGUACAAAGAGUAUUGUCCGGGGAGGGGAUUUUUACUUGAUGCUAGCUAGAUAGAAUUGGUUUGGCGGCGUUGCAAUGGUGUAAUUCUUCUUUUUUGACUCCUGAAUAUAUAUUCUUUUGAACAAUAAUUCAUAAUUCACUUAGAAGUGCCUGCAAAAGCUGCGUCACGAGCUCAAAAGUGGUCGAAAUGAGCCACAAAUCCAACGACGAUUGAAAAAUAACACAAUGAUACCGUCGCUUCCACCACCACAGCAACGCCGCCGCCGACACCACCAACCACGAUAAUCUUGUCCUCAAAAAUAUAUUAGCGCAGUACGAUAGAAAUACCCUUUAGAGCUGCCUAACUUACUUUUAGAAAAGGAGGAGGAGAGAAGAAUCAGGAGAAGACAAAAAAGAAGGGGAUGUAAAAGGGCGGAGUUAGUACUGAAAAAGGAUGAUGAUGAGGCAAGGGGGAGGAGGAAUAGGGGGUUCAAGGUGCCAAGACUGCGGGAACCAAGCCAAGAAGGAGUGUGAGUAUAUGAGGUGCAGGACUUGCUGUAGGAACAAAGGGUUUCAGUGCCAAACCCACGUUAAGAGUACUUGGGUCCCUCUGUAUAGGAGGCACCAGAGGCAGCAACAGCUUGCAGCUGUUCUUCCGCAGCACCUUCGAGGACAUAACCCUAAAAGGCACAGACAAAUCACAUCUUCAGGGUCAGACGAGGCAAAUUUACCAGCCGAAGUGCACACCGUGGCUACAUUCUCUUGCAUCCGGGUGAGUUCUGUGGACGAUGCAGUUGCUGAAUAUGCAUAUCAGACAAGUGUGGAAAUUGGAGGGCAUGUAUUUAAGGGUAUGCUCUAUGAUCAAGGCCCUGAAAGUCGUUACGCUGCAGGAGAGAGCUCCUCCCUUACACUUCAGCCUGUUAAUGCUGCUGCCCUAGCGCCUGUCACUACCAUUAAUUCAGCUACUGCAGAACCAUUACAUCCUCCAAUAUGUCCCUUUCCCUUUACUGCUAAUUUCAUGCCCGGUACGCAAUUUCUUCAGCGCCCAACAUCUUAGAUCAAUCAAUCACUAUAUUUGCUUCUUGGGAAAGAAGUAGAACAAUGAGAGGAAAAGCUGUAAAAUAGCUUCCUUUUUUAGCCAUUAAAUAUAUAUUAGUACUGAAAACCAAAUUAAGUGGAGGGGAUGAAAUCAUGGAACACCCAUUACUCUAGUACCCCUAGCUCUUCCUUCCUGAUCUCCACAAGUUUGCAUAUUGUGACCAGCUUGUUCUAGCUAGCUAGCUAGUAUAUAUAUGUAGCAGUGCCCACAUAUAUGGAACUAGUAAUAAAUAAAAAGGAAAGCAAGGGAUCAGCUUAAUAUUAUUAUUAUUUCAAUA